GACCACGCGGAACCACAAGUAGCCAAAAAUUAGUGUCAAGCCAUCGCGUCCACCCGCUUGAGCUAAACUCGAGACUGCAAAGUUCUUUAUACAGUUUUUGUUGAAUUUGUCGCGUGCUAAAUAUGACCUGCAUCCGUAGCGUGAACGACUUUCAGAAGAAAAUGGAUGCUGCCGAGAAUAAGGUUGUGGUCUUGGACUUUUACGCCACAUGGUGCAAGCCCUGUAGAGACAUCAGUAAGACUGUUAAGUCUUUGGCCGAGAAGUACUCUGCCGAGGCGGUCGUACUCAAGAUCAAUGUGGACAGGUACGAAGAUCUGGUGGAGCAAUACAAGGUCACCUGCAUGCCUACAUUUGUGUUCCUGCGGGGCAAGAAGCGCCUUGCCCGCAUCGCUGGCGUAGAUGAGAACAAACUGAUGAAAACGAUGGCAAAGCUAAUCAAGCCUCAGCGGGAGAGAGCAGGCUUGACCGCAAAUUUUUAAGCUAACCUUUUUAUAUUACUGAAUGCGUUAUGUGUCUUUGUAACCCUCGAAGGAGGGAAAAUGUCUUUGUGUAUGUUUAGAAUGUGGGAAAAUAUUUGUUUUCAGUGUGAAAUCUGCGAAAACUAUCUCAAACAUAACCUCACAUAAUUGUAAGCAAGGCAUCUGCGAUGUCGCGCCCCCUUCCCCUACGCCUCAACAUAACCUCAGUCUCAUACCAUGAGGAAAAGAAAACGAAAAGAACAAACAAGAAAUUGCGUAUGUAUGUAGUCGUGCAUCUGUGAUGCGAAAAUGCGAUACAAAAAUGUUGCCUUAAAACUAUAUUUGAUUAAUAUUUAACGUGUUAUGUAAGCUUGGAAUGCCGCCGAAAGAAGAAAAAACUACUCGAAAUGCCUUUUAACUGAUAAUUUGUUUGAUUUAAACUUUAAUAAUAAAUAUUCCAAAAUUGACUAAAAA